CUCGCUCCACCUUGACGCUCAGGUAAACGGAUUCGUUGGAAAACUUUGAGGAAGCUGCAGGUUUCGUGGAGCGGAGUCGCUGUAAGGGACGUGGAGGAUGGUUUAAAAUCUAGACUUCUUUAAUGUAGAAGUCGGAGGAGACGACAUUGACCAGGGAGCGAGUCUGUGGACGAGUCUGCCACCUCGGAGCCAGUAAGUCAUGUCUGCUGAGAGCACUGGCAGUCUGAGGCACAGCUCAGGGCGUGGUAGCUACAGGCACAGAGCGAGCCAGAGCAGCAGCCAGAGGUCGUCCUACGAGGAGCGCUGUGUGGACCCGGUGGAAGAGAGGCCGCCGAGCCCAGAGCCCAGGACCAUCCACAAAGCUCACCCGAAGGACGCAAAUGGGAAGGAGUCCGAGACCAUUGGCUUCAUUCCUGGCUCCGCCGACCAUUCCCCUUCGGCACAGAGCUGCAACCCCUGCACCUCUCCGGGGAGCUGCAGGACCUUUAUAUGCAGCGUGCUCACCUGCGGCCUGUACAGGGUCUGUCAGGGUUCCACUCUUGCUCCGUGCCUUGCGCCAAACGAGAGCUCUCCAGAUGAGCCAGAGAAGGUGAGCCUCCAAAGUGUGAGCCCAGGAGACAACAAAGAGGAGGAUCACACCGACUGGCUUGGGGAUCUCCACAUCGCUGGAGUCAAAGUGGACCGUCCAAGGGAGUAUUUAGAGGUCGAACCCGUGUUUCCGGCCGGUGUUCAAACACACCCCGGCAAUCCGUUCCUGCAUGAGUCCAUGAGGUUCGACGACUGGGAGGAGGGCACAGAGGACCUGGACUCUCUUAUUGCCAAAAAGUUGCUGGAGCUCUACUCUGAAUAUCAAAUCGACGAGCUGGCGAGGUGCACCUCAGACUCUGUGUUUCUGAGGAAGAGCAAGGACAUCAAUCAGCUCAUCAACUCGCUGGCAGAGGAGCACAAAAUGGACGAGCAGGAAGCGGAGUGUCGGCUGGUGCGUGGCAUCAUCCGCAUAAGCACCCGAAAGAGUGGGAGGAAGAGGCCGACCCCGUCCAGGAUGGAGAGGACACUGUCGGACAGCGGGAAUGAGACAAUGAGGGAGAGCGAUUCCUUCAGAUUCAGCAACAACAAUGACUACAAAUCAAAUCCAAACAUCCAAAUAUCCGAACUGACCUCCUCUGACAAGUGUGCCAGGGAGAUGUGGAGACACAAUGGAGGUCAUACAUCUAGCUCAGCCUACUCGCCCUCUCGCACUGAGACUAGCUCCUCCGGUGUCUCAAUGAUUGGCUCCUCUGUGAGAACAUGAUUACUGCCUCAAGCUGCUGGUCUAUGCUUGAAUAAUUUGUCCUGCUGUGUCCACAAGGUCAGUUAUGAGACAUUGAAAGGAGACACUACUUGCACAGGAGUCACUGGCUGAGCCAAGCUCUUUGAAGAGACCAUGGUUUUUCAGUGGAAAAAGAAAAUGUGAAAAUUCACAUUGUCUUGAAGGACUUAAAGUGAACUCAGGGCUCUGUGUUAUGGUUGAUGAAUGUUAUGUGUAUAUUUGAAGGAUUGCUUGAUGGAAAUCACCAGCAGCUUUUGAAGGAGUUGUGUUCCUGACUCUUAUCUGCUGGUUAGAUUAUUUUGCUGUUAAAUUUAGUUCUAUAAAAAUGAAUUGAAGAGUUGUGUUUUUCACAUCAUCACUGUAGAUUUGAUGUACACAUUUGUGUGUUGGAUUUUAAGCUGUUCUCUUGAUUAGUUUUAUAAAACCUAUUUACAGCUGGUAAUUCUACAUUAUGAUCAGAAAUUAUGCUUUUCAUAAUUUGACAAAUUCCAAUUUGAAUUGACCAGUAAAGCGAAAUAAUGAAGUGGUUGUAUUUGGCCUGAAGAAAAAUACAGUUUUAUAUCAUGGGCCAUAAAUGAUUUGCGUGCCUGGUAGUACACUACAAAUAAGAACGUGUUUUUAUUGUAAAUGGUGAUACUAAAAACAAACGGGGGAAAAACAUGUCAAUGAAGGGUUCACCUCAUUUGCAUUUUUGCAGAGAUUUAAUUGAGAAGAUUGAUACUGCUCUGAUGUCUUUACGCUAGAAGGAAUUGGCAAAGACAGCCAAUUAGCUUAGCUUAGAAUUUAGACUGAAAAUAGAUGGGAAUACCCACUUGGAUCUUACCAAAGGUAACAAAAUUGGCCGAGCUAAACCUCUUUUACAUGCAUUAUUUUCUUUAUUCAUUAAAUCGAAAAAAUUUAAAAACGAUUUUGGAUCAUUUCUUUACCAUAACCUUUUGCAGCUAGGUUUUUUGAAAACAAUGCUAUGAGAUGUUUUUAGUGAGGUUAAAGCUUCUGUGGAAGGUUUUCAAAAAGCGGCAUCACCCACGUAGAAGACACAGACUUCAAGGUGUCAAGAGAGUUUGCGGUGAUAAGAGUGGUGUCUGGGUGCUGUAAAGAAGCAGCAGUUGAAUUAAUAUUUUACUUCCUGCCUCAGCCUGCUGUACGGCUGCUCCACCUCUCACCUGAAUAAUGUGGAGGUUUCGAUGCUGUUGGGAACGUGCCUGUGCAGAGAACCUCCUGCGGUGUUGUGCACGUGUGAAAGGCAAUGUCCGGGUAAAACCCCGACCAAAUUCUCUGGACUUUACCCACAGGUCAUGUCUGAAAACGGCUUGACAUGACAUCUGCCGCUAGCUGGGCAACUGAAUGUAAAACGGACAUGUAGCUGGCUCAUGCUACACAAUAAAGCAAUUCUGCAAGCAGUUACAUGCUAGCCAAACCGCUGACUGCCUAGGCACUUCACAACUUGCUAACCAUCCGUGUUGUGAUUGAAACUCAGUCAGACACUCCUCCUCGCUCUUAUUGGUGAUCUAGUUACAGGACCGUUGGAUUCUACUAAGUUGUAGUACGAGCUCUAGGUGGAGCCGGAGGAGCCAGAUUUUGUUUUGAUAUUACCUGCCUCAUGUUUUAGAUAUGAUACCAACAGUUUUAGCACUUGUGACAAAAAGUUUAUGUUUGUAAAUGUUCCCUACUGCACCUUUUAAAAAGUGCUGGUGGGCAUUUUAUCUUUGGACAUAUGUAGCUCUACCCCGUGUUUUUUUGCCUUUAAAAUUCAUUAUCUUUUUGGUUAUUAUUUGCUUAUGUCUACGACAACCAAAAAAGAACGUUAGCUUUCACCUUGUUUUGUCAAAUUAAGUUUUUUUUAUUUCCAGUGUGGCUUUUAUGUUGUGUGUUUAGUGUAGUGCACAGUGUUGUUAUAUUGUAACAUGAAGUUCAUAUGAAGUAGAUAGCUUUUAAUGUGUGACACUGUUUUUGGCUUUGUGAGCUGCAGCUGUACUUCAUGUUGUGUCAAGGACUAUAACCUACUGUACCAGGCGGUCUCACGAGGUGAAAGCCUGUUUUUCAUAUUAAUACACUUUGCUGUGUUUGCUCUUGGAUCCUGGUGGGAAUUUGUCCAGGUGACUCAAGGGGAUUUUUCUUCAGCACUGUGGCCGUCUUAUCAGCAUUAGUUUAUGGUCGCUGUUGAGCAUGGACCUUACAGUAACGGCUUCAUUUAAUACACAUGGGUAGCUUGUAUACUUAUUCUAAACAUAACUAAAUUUUAAAAUGUCAGUGUAAGGAAUAUUUAACUAUUAUUUGUCUUGAGGUACGGGGUCCAAGAUGCUUGAAAUAAGUCAAUGUCAUAAUUUGGCUGCAACAUCAGUUUUGUUAUAAUUGAAUGAGUAAAACAGGUUGUUCUGGUUUGUGUCAUGAUGAAAAAAAGAGUAAAUUGACUAAUGAGGCUUGACAAAUGUGCUAACUGUAACAUGCUUUUUUAUUCCACUGGAAAUUUCUGCAUCUUCAGUUCAUUCGUACAAUGUACCAGAGUUUGUCUUGUAAACACUUGGGUCUUCACCAAAAGGAAAUGUACGUUUUCAGCAAAGAUGUGUUAGCAUUCACAAUAAACCAUCUUUUAACUGAUGUCUUGCUGUAAACCAAUAAAGUGAAUUAAGUGAAACUAAA